GGAGCACCUUUGGACUUAUACAGAGUAGGCAGCACCCCUGGAGAAUUACACAGCACAGCAGACAGGCAACAGCACUCCUGGACGUAAACUGCAGUGGGGCAGCACCCCUGGACUGAUAGGGCAGAGGGGCAGCACCCCUGGAAUGAUGUGGCAAAGAAAAGACAUAAUGAUUAUACGUUUUUGCCCCGAGUGUGGGCAGAAAGCUGAAGAGGAAUUUAAAUUUUGCCCAAAUUGUGGAUUGAAAUUUCCUAGAGAUGACGUUACGGAAACUCAGACUCUUCCUGACAAGUCCUCUCCACUUCAGACAGGUCACAUAACUCCAAUUAAAACUUCCGAAGUAAGUGUUUCUGUACAGAAUAAACCGAGCUGUAGUCCUUCAAAUAAUAAGAGUCCAGAAAAACCGAGUUGCUCUCCUAAAACCGAUGGAAAUCAAAAGUCUACCCCUAAACCUUCAAUGAAACCAGCAAGCUGCUCUUCUGCUAGAGGUUCUUUAAAGAGGAAAGCCAGCUGUACUCCAGAGAAAGAAGAAAUCAAAAAAUUGGAGGGUUCACCAAUGAAACGUGAACCAAAGAGUUUAACAAGCCCAAGAAAAAAAGGAAAACUUAUCAAGCUGGAGCCUCUUCCAGAGAAUGAAGUUUUGACUGACAACAGCAACACGAAAUGGGUGCUCGCCAAAGUCUUGGCAAAUGAGAAGACUGUGCUUUUUUAUGAAGCUCAUACAGCACCGAGAAAUGAUAAGAGAGGGCAGUGUAUUUUAAAACUGGAUAGCAAAGAUGGAAAGAUUUAUAAUGAGCAAACCUUCUUCCAAAGAGCAGCUAAAAAAAUCGCAGUUGAUAAAUGGAAAAAGUCACAUGCGUGUCCUGCGCUGGGAAUUCCAACAUGCAUUGGCUUUGGAGUACAUGAGAACUACAGGUUUUUGGUGUUUUCUGCAUUGGGACAGAAUCUGCAAACCAUCAUUAAAGAAAGAAAAUUUGGUGACACACUUCCUGAACAAGCGGUUUACCAGAUUGUAUACAGGAUGAUUGAUGCACUUGAAUAUAUCCAUGAAAACGAGUAUGUCCAUGGUGACAUUACAGCAGACAAUAUAUUUGUAAAUCCUGAUGUUUUGGAGGUCUUCCUUGCUGGAUACUAUAAUGCAUAUCGCUACUGCCCUGCUGGAAAGCAUGUCGCAUACAGAGAAGGCAGCAGAACCCCUCAUGAAGGCACAGCUGAGUUCAUUAGCCUGGAUAUUCACAAAGGCACAGGACCAACCCGCCGCAGUGACUUUGAGUCCUUGGGAUACUGCAUGCUGAAAUGGUUGAGUGGAUCUCUACCAUGGAGUGAAGAAACAUGUGUCCGUUCUAUAAUGGAGUAUAAAAAGAGGUUUAAAACAGAUGUUCCAGGACUCCUGAAACAGUGCUUUAACAGAAAGAAAAUUCCAGAUGUGCUGAAAACCUACUUGGAAUAUGUCAUGACCCUGGAGUAUGAGGAGAUGCCAGAUUAUGAAAAGAUGCGGAAAAACAUCUCAUCUGCCAUGGAAAAGAUGGCAGUCUUGCCUUAUGAUCCUGUACAACUAUAGACAGAUCAGCAAUAUUCCUACUAAUGUGAAUCCAUUUUAAUGAACAAGAAAGAAUACAAAUGCAGUAUUGUGUCUUACUAUUGGAAUGUAUGAUUUUACACUGAAAUGUAAAAAAUGUUUGCAAACUUCAAUACAUUUGUUUAAAUUAUAACGCUUUAUUAGAUUGCCAUGCUGUGAAUAUAUCCAUGUGGAAAGGAGAAUUAUUUUUUACCAGGCAAAUAUCAACACACACAAUAGGAUUUGAGUACGGUAUAUGGCCCUUUACAGUAUAGAACUGCUUUACUGUAGUGCCAUAACUGACUAGUGUUGGUUGGUCGGUCAGUCAGAAUACUUUGGUGUUAAGCUGGAUUUUAUACACACAACGUUUUGUCACUUGAACCAGCCAAGAAAGCAAACACAAUGUUAGAAUUCUUAAACAACUGUACCCAUUACCAUUAAGCUUUUCACAAAUUAUACAGUUGAAAAUGCAGUCUUAUCUCCGUUUUUCCCCAGGAGAAGAUUCCAUGUAUCAAAAUUAUUAGCGUUAGUUAUACUAUUUUAGAUUGUCACGUGUAUCCAAGUCAAGUUUGGGAACAUGAAAAAGUGUAUGGUAUGAUUAUAUGUCUUAUAGAGGCUAAGGAAAGAUUUUAAACUUGCAACCUGUGAAAUGCAUAAUUUUAAUACUGGAUAAAUAUUAUUGAAUAAAACAUUGUCCACAUUAA